CACUCAUCGUCGAUACACUUGGACAUCGUGCAGAAAGAUAGAAAGUAUCAGGUUAUUGGCACGGGCCAGAAGAUAAUUGCAUGUUUCAUAUUCGCAUCUUCUGAUUAAGGCGGCAAGCCGAAAUAUGCCGGCAAGGAUGGCCGGGCUGCUGUCGGUGUAUUCCCUGGUAAUUAUGGGGAUGUUUUUUGCUGGAAGUAAUGGCCAGUCGGGUGGAUUGGUGCCGGCUGAAUUGCGCCUGAAUUUGGCGCGUGGUCGCCAGAUCACGGCGACGGCCACCUGUGGGGAGGGAACAGCGCAACCGGAAAUGUUCUGUAAAUUAAUCGGCGCCAGUUUGGAACGCGGUGACCAGCAACAUGUGCAGCGCGUCGGGCGGGAAAAAUAUUUUAUUGUCCAGGGACAGAUCUGCGACUAUUGUGAUCCCAGUGAUCCGGAUCGCGCCCAUCCGGCGUCACAUGCCCUUGAUGGCUCGGAGAAUUGGUGGCAGAGCCCGCCACUGUCUCGCGGCAGCCAGUUUAUGGAAGUCAAUCUCACAGUGGAUUUCAAUCAGGAAUUCUAUAUCGCCUAUGUUGUCCUGAAAAUGGGUAAUGCGCCGCGACCGGAAGUGUGGGUGCUGGAACGGUCAAGCGACUACGGGAAAACGUUCCAGCCAUGGCAGUACUUUGCUGAUCCACCCAGCGACUGCCCACUACUUUUCGGCGUUGAACCGGACCAGCCGAUUAACGGCGACGAUGAUGUGCUGUGCACUUCCAAGUUCAGCCGGAUUGUACCGUUGGAAGGCGGCGAGAUUCUUGUCUCCCUGGUUAAUGAUCGACCGGGCUCAUCUAAUUUCCUAGCGUCGCCGGUACUGCAGAACUGGCUGAGAGCGACCAAUAUCCGCUUCAGCUUCCGCCGGAUGAAAACACUGAUGGGGCACAGUAGCGGUGUCGCACGACAGGAUCAAACGGUCACGCGCCGGUAUUACUACAGCGUACGGGACAUUAGUAUCGGCGGUAUGUGUGUGUGCAACGGACACGCCAGCGCCUGCGAACCGUUCGAUCCGCAUGACCCUGCCCGUUGGUUAUGUCGUUGUGCCCACAAUACUUGCGGAACAUACUGUGACCAUUGCUGUCCCGGAUUCGUGCAGAAAAAAUGGCAACCGGCAUUCGCUAAUGCCUCCAACGAAUGUGAACCGUGUAACUGCCACGGUCACUCCAGCGAAUGCCAGUAUGACCCAGAAAUAGACGAGAAACAUCUAAGUUUAGACAUCCAUGGGAACUACGAGGGCGGUGGAGUGUGUCGUAACUGCCAUGAUAAUACCGAGGGAAUAAACUGCGAGAAAUGUCGUUCGGGCUUUUUCCGUCCGUAUGGAAAGGAUAAAUCGGACCGCGACGCGUGCCAGGUUUGUCGCUGCAAUCCCCGGUUCACAACCGGAAACUGCGCGGAAGGCACCGGUAUCUGCGAGUGCAAGCCGAAUUACACGGGCACCAACUGUGAUCGCUGCAAUCUGGGCUACUACGAUCCUCCGGAAUGCAAACCCUGCGACUGCAACUACAACGGAACGAUGAACCAAGUGUGUAAUGUGGGACGCGGCGCGUGUCCGUGCAAACCGAACUACACCGGUCCCAAGUGUGAUCAGUGUGCUGACACUUACUACGACUUCCCCAACUGCACGUCCUGCGAUUGUGAUGCCCGGGGAUCCCCUAAUCCCGUCUGCGACAAAACAACCGGACAGUGUGCCUGUGAAAACAGUUUUGGCGGGCUCCGUUGUGAUCAAUGCGGUGAUGGAUAUUACGGUCAUCCGCGGUGCAGCUUGUGCGACUGUGAUCCGGCUGGAACGGUGAAAGAAAUCUGCCAAAAGGACACCGGUGUGUGCAUCUGCAAACCGGGGUACGAUGGUGUUCGGUGUGAUCGUGCUGCGCCAGGUUUCUAUGGCUAUCCGGAAGUCAAAAAAUGCGACUGUCAUGCCGCCGGAUCGAUCAACGAUAUCUGCGACAGCAGCACGGGACGGUGCCCGUGCAAAAAUAAUUUUUCUGGACGCGAGUGUGACCUUUGCGCUACCGGCUACUACAAAUUUCCCGAAUGUUUAGACUGCAAAUGUGAUCCCUACGGCACCAUCGGAACCACCUGCGACAAUCGUGGCCAGUGUCAGUGCAAGAAAAACUUUGUCGGCAAAACCUGCAAUCAAUGCAAUGAAGGAUUCUACAAUUAUCCACUGUGCGAAGGCUGCAACUGUAAUCCAGCCGGAUUAAUCACGUCAUUUGGUGGAUGCGGAAAAGUCCAGGGAGAACUGUGCCAGUGUAAAGAGCGCGUUACCGGUCGCAUCUGCGACCAGUGCAAACCCGGCUACUGGGGCCUGGACAUCUAUAAUCCCUUAGCCUGCGACGAAUGCACUUGUCACGCCGCCGGUACCAUCUCGGCGUUAGGCGUGUGUAAUCCGCGCAAUGGUCGUUGUCCCUGCAAAACCAAUGUGGAAUCGCGCACGUGCGACAAAUGCCGCGACGGCUUUUACAGUCUGGACGCUCACCAUCUGCACGGCUGUGUGGCGUGUGGAUGUGACGUGGGCGGGGCUACUACGGGCAUCUGCGAAAAGAACACCGGACAGUGUCAGUGCCGACCGCGUAUUAACGGGAAAACUUGCAGUCAGGUGUUAAAGAUGCAUUAUUUCCCCACGUUACAUCAUUUGAAAUUCGAAGCGGAAGACGGACACGCCAAGGAAAACGCUCCGGUGCAGUACGAAUUCAACGUAAAUGAUUAUCCUGGAUACUCGUGGCGAGGAUACGCGGUGAUGUCGACCAAACAGCCGGAGAUUUAUGUGCCCAUUCAGAUACGGAAACCAUCACUGUAUCGCUUGCUGAUUCAGUAUGUCAACCUGGCUAAUGCGUCGGCUAAGGCGGAGGUUAUCGUCUCGCCGGAAAUGAGCGGGGAGAUUGAUCAGAAGAGCACGGUGGAGUUUCUGCCGACUAAAGAAGGGAAGUAUGUGGGUGUGGGCGAAGGGACAAGUGUCAAUACGUUCGUUCUGCAUCCGGGACACUGGGAGGUGGUGCUGAAAACGGCGCAACCGGUGCUGAUUGACUACAUUGUGCUUCUACCGCAGGCGUACUAUGAAGCCACCAUUCUGCAGCAGAAUACACACGCUCCGUGUUUGUACGAGGGGAAUCAGUCGUCGUGCCAGAACUAUACGUAUCCGGAUUUCGAUAAUUUUGUGCAAAUAGAUCCAUUGGAUCCAACCCAUCCGGUGUAUUACAAGAAAAACGGAGAUAAUCGCAAACCACAAGUGGAUGAAUCGCGGCCGGGAAUGCGUGGAGUGUUGAUCGACGAAAGCCAGCCCCAGCUAACCUUAGAACCGGAAAUUCUCCCCAAAGAACGCCAUCACCUGAUCCUGUCGUACUUCACCGCCGACACCAACGCGGCUGACCGCUUAAACGUAUCCAUUCAGAUGCGCAACGAUGUAGCCCCCGGAGAGUACCGGGUGGAGAUCUACGACUGCCCAUAUGCACAGGGCUGCCGCAGCGUCGUAGUGGAUGAACGGGGUCACAUGGCCACCUUCGCCCCGACGGAUGGCUAUGGGAAAAUAGUCCUGGUGCCGGUUAGUCGCCGCGACGGUGCCCAUCCGGAUUUCGUCCUAACCGGGAUUACUGCGGUACCGCGUGACCAGUGGAGUGUGGAUUAUGUACGCCCGAAGAGUGCGUGUGUCGUGGUGGGUGAUAAGUGCGAAGUGAUGGAAUAUAUGCCGAUUCCCGAGUCGGAAAUGGUUGAAGCCGAGACGGAUUUGCAGGCCAACCUGAUGCGGCCGGAAAUCCCGGCAUUACCAGCCAAAGUACAGACGGCCCUGUUAUACCAAUCCAACCAGUCCCUCUACCUGCGCGGCAGCAGUGCGCGAUCCGGUAACCACGUUUUCUUGGUACACUACUACCAGCCCCACGGAGCCGGCGCCCAGCUAGAGGCGGCGGUCCAGGGUGUGGAAGCCACGCCGGCUGUUCUGGAGACCAGUUUCUGUCCGUCCAUUAGUGGAUGCCGGGCAGUGCUGCGUCCCGCCGAAGGGCAGCAAAACAGUUUCCGAUUGGGAAAAGAUUACUCGGUAACCAUUAAGGGUAGCGACGGUCAUGAAGUGUACAUUGACUACGUCGUGGCACUGCCGGCGGAUAAGUACCGGGAGCAGCUUUUACAAGAACCGUCGCGUGACCUUUCGGCACGCUUCAUCGGGGAAUGCGCGGAUCGUUACUUUGAUAUUGACCCCAAGACGCAGGGAUUUUGCCGGCAAGCGACAUUUUCCCUGGUGUCGGGAUUUAACAGCGAGGCGGUUUCGUGCGAUUGUAAUUUGGAUGGGUCGGUGUCCAUGCAGUGUGAAGAAAUGGGUGGACAGUGUCAGUGUCGAGCGAAUGUUAUCGGGAGAAAAUGCACGAGAUGUAAAUCGGGAUUCUGGGGUUUUCCGGCGUGCAAGCAGUGCAAUUGCCCUUUCAACUCCAUAUGUGACCCGGUUAGUGGGGCCUGCAUUUGUCCACCGAAAGUGCAGGGAGACCGGUGCGAUACAUGUAUGCCAAGAACCUUCGGCUUCCAUGCGAUCACCGGAUGUCAGGAUUGUAAUUGUAAUCCUUACGGAAGUAACGGCUCUUUAAGCUGUGACCAGGACAACGGAAAUUGCUACUGCAAGAAAAAUGUUGCCGGCCGGAAAUGCGACCACUGUCUCACUGGGUAUUAUUCGUUUCCACAAUGCCAAGCUUGCCAUUACUGUGACAUACGUGGCGCCACCGACGCCGUUUGCGAUCAGACUAGCGGUCAGUGUCUGUGCAAGGAAAACGUCGCCGGUCCCCGUUGUGACGUGUGCAAAGCGUCCACAUUCCUUCUGGACACCAAAAAUCCCCAAGGUUGCACCAAAUGCUUCUGUUUCGGUAUUACACAUCAAUGCCACAGUUCAUCCUACCUGCGCUAUCUCAUCACCAGCAUUGGUCAGGCCAAUUGGACCACCGUCCCAUCGCUGCCCAUCGCCGUGACCAGCACCGGCGUGGAAGCUACGCCCACCGCCAACAUCACCGGCGAGAUCUAUUGGGUGGCACCGGAAGAAUUCCUGGGCAACCGCGUGACAUCAUAUGGCGGGAAUCUGACAUAUUCUGUUAUUGUCAGUGCGGAUGAUAGUACUGGGUCCAUGUCGCCGGAUGUUGUGUUAAAGGGGAAGAAUAUGACGCUGGUGCAUUUUCAUGACACUCAACCGUCGGUAGGGGUGCAUCACGAAGUGGACGUGGAGAUUGUGGAGAAGAAUUUCGAGCAUGAGUCGGGGAAUAAACCCACGCGUGAUCAGUUUAUGAUGCUGUUAGCCGGUUUGGAGGAGAUCAGAAUUAAGGCCGGCUAUUUCAGCAAACCGAAAUUACUGACACUGAAUUAUGCUUCGAUUCACGGUGCCCUUUCCCCUUCGGCUGCUUUUGCCGCUGGACUGGUUCUGAACGAGACCGCGCAACAAGUUGAAGAAUGCCGCUGCCCUCCGGGUUAUGCGGGGCCCUCCUGUGAGGAAUGCGCGCCCCAACAUUUCCGCAGUAAGAUCGGUCCGUAUCUCGGUAUGUGUCUGCCGUGUGACUGUAAUAAUCACGCUGAGCGUUGUGACGUGGAGACCGGUCAGUGUAUCAACUGCCUGCACAAUACCACCGGCGAGCGCUGUGAACGCUGUGCGGAAGGAUACCAUGGGGAUGCCACGCGCGGUAGUCCGUAUGAUUGUAUGAUUUGUGCAUGCCCCUUGCCAAUCGAAGGCAACAAUUUCGCGACGACUUGCGAGGUUGCGCCGGAUGGACUGGAUAUUUACUGUACAUGUCGCGAGGGAUAUGUGGGCGAACGGUGUCAGCAUUGUGCGCCGGGAUAUUUUGGACGGCCGGAUGCGCCAGGUGGAUACUGUCAGCCCUGCCAGUGUCACGAUAACAUUGAUCCACUGGAUCCCGAGAGUUGUGAUCGUGUGACCGGAGAGUGCCGAAAAUGUUUGAAAAACACCACUGGUGACCAGUGCCAGACAUGUGCCACUGAUUUUUAUGGAGAUCCCACCAAAGGACUAUGUCAGGUGUGCGACUGUGAGCCGUAUGGAACGGAAGAAUGCAACACGACGGAUGGAUCGUGCAAGUGUUGGCCCAAUGUGGUCGGUCCACGUUGUGACAAAUGCGCACCCAACCACUGGAAUUUUGAGUCUGGAAAGGGUUGUUCAUCCUGUUAUUGCGGAGUUGGCAGCAAGAUGCAGCAGUGCAACCUGGAAACCGGACAGUGCUUGUGCCAACCGGGAGCCGCUGGACAACGAUGUGAUCAAUGCGCGCACGGAUAUUGGAAUCUCACUGCUGCCGGCUGUCAGCGCUGUGCUUGUGCCACCAAAUAUUCCGUUGGUGAGAUGUGCGACCAGCAGACCGGGCACUGCUCUUGUCUUCCGGGAGUGACCGGAAGUGACUGCGAUCGUUGCAAAGCGCGCCACGUCCUCAAAGAAAACUAUGGCUGUAUUAGCUGCGAAGAUCAGUACUGUGUCGUCACUCUGCUCGACGAUUUCGACACCCUGCACAACCAAGUGGGCGUGGCCAGCAGCGACUUCGAGCGCGUCUCGGCCACCCAUUUUGCCAUACGCCGACAGAACCACAUCAACGAGACCAUCGGGAAUCUGACGCAAGCCGUGAAUUUCUUGCAACUGAGUGGCACACCCAGUCUUCUCAAUGCCGUGCGGGCCGAUCUCGAGAAGUAUGAAAAGGUCAUCGAUCGUCAGUCGAAGACAGGUGGCGACCAUAAUAAGAACGCACAGGAGCGACUAAAUGGAGCGGAUAAGGCGCGGGAGGAUUUGGUGGACAUCUGGCGGCAGCUGGUGCAAGCCAAGAUCAAUGCGUCAGAAUUUCGGACACAGAUGAUCGCGCUGGAGGAUUAUCUGCGACUGGGACCGGGAAGGGUCACGGAAAGCGCGCAUAUCGCCGAGCCGAUUCUGAAUCAGCUGAAAAAUAGGAAAUUUGAUGAUUAUUUGACCAACACCACGAAAGAGAAAGAAGCAGCAGAGGCCUUGAGAGAUAACGUCAAAACGUUCCAGACGAAAUUCAAUGAAACCGAUAAAAAGACGCAAACAGUGCUGGCCAAUGUGACGCAGUAUCAAUCGAAAAUGCGCGAUCUGGAGAAAUUAUCUAUCAACGCUACCGAGACCGCCGCUACCACCCAGGACAAGCUUGACCGGAUCAAAGAAAACAUUACCGACAACAUCAACGCCUUGACCCAGUUGGAAAUUCUCAUCCGCGAUACCAUCACCAAUUCGUCCACGAAGAAGACCGGCGCCCAGAUGUUCUUAACGGAAGCGGAAACGGCCUUUGCCGGCUUGGAUGGACUAAGCACCCGCGUCAAAACACAAGCCGAUGACCUCGAACAACAAAACCGGCAGAUGCGUCUGGAUCAUCAAGAAGCUCGGCGCACACUGUCCGACACCCGAGGACAUGUGUACAUGCUGGAAAACGAAGCUAACCGCGUGGAUAAUUUGUUUAAUCCGACACGCAACGCCGCAGCCGACGGCAAGAAAGCGGCGAAUGUGUACGACGAUAUUGUGGACGAUGUGGAAGAGGGUAAAGCCGCGCUGGCCAAUGCGACCAUCUUCGCCACGGAGAUCACCGGCAUCACCAGUACACUGGAAGUAGCUGUGCCGGAAUCGAAGAGUGCGAGUGAGACCCUGAAUCGCCAGGCGGAUCAGGCUAAAAUAGAUGCGCUGAAACUACGCGGACAAGUGGAGAGUAAUCAAAACAAAGGUGCGGCCAUUCGCGAAGACCAUGUAAAAACCGAGCAGGUCAUUGCGGCUGUUCGAUUGGGGAUGGGGCAAUUACCGAAAGGUGACAGUCGUGGUCAGGCGAAUACAAUCAAAGCCAGCGCGGUUGCGGGCAUCGACAAGGCCAAUGAGGCGAUGCGGCGAGCCGACGAGAUUAUCGCGAAUCUGGCCGGGACGGCGGUGGGACAGCAAAAUAAGCCCAGCGGUUCGGCACAGGAUGUGGUCAUUGUCCAGAGUGCAGCGGUCCAGAUUCCCCAGGAUAUUAAUCGGAUCACGCAGCAGAUCGGGUCAGUGGAGACGAUGGUGAACCAGAAUGAUGCAAAGGUCAACGCGCUGGGCAACAAAUUGGCUGAAUUAAAGGAGAAGAUUGAACUGACACGAAGUCUCGCCAGCAGAAUUAAAGUUGGAUCGCAGUUUACUCGGGAAAACAUUCUGCAAGUGAAGAAUCCGCGCGAUUUAUCAUCGCGCGCUGCCACCUACACUCAUGCCAGCUUGUUCUUCAAAACUGUGGAAAGGGACGGUUUGCUCUUCUAUCUCGGCAACGAAAUGGGCACAUCGCGACGCGUUAAACGCGACUUCACUUUUGUCACCGAUGACUACAUGGCCUUGCAAAUCAUGGAGGGCUUUGUGGAGUUAGUUUACGAUCUGGGAUCAGGUGCAGCAACAAUCCGCGUGGACGAUCGCUACGUGGCCGAUAACCAGUGGUACCAGGCCAUUGUGGAGAGAAUUGGUAAAACAGCCACGGUUCUCGUGCGCUACCCGCGACAGCAGAACGGUAAACCGGAAGGGUACGCGCGCAAGAGCGGCACUUCGCCGGGUGCCAACAGUGUAUUCAAUCUGAACCAGGCCAACUCCACGUUCUUCGUGGGCGGUGUGCCACUGAACUACCGCUUACAAAUUCCGGUACGGAAUAAACGCUUUGCCGGCUACAUCGAGCAGGUGGCGUUCGAUGAGGAUCCGGUGGGGCUGUGGAAUAUGGGCAAUAUGACCUUUGACACAGAGCGGCCCACCACAGUACCGCAGUUGGCGGGCGGGCGGAAUCAGCUGAUUGAAUCGAAGGGCCAGGUGGAGGGUGGCAUCAAAUUAGACGGGACGGGUUACGCCGUCUACGCCAUGGAAGCCCGCACCGACGUGGCCAGCCAGACGUCUUGUAUUGUAGCGAUGAAGACGUUCGCUAAGGAUGGGCUUUUGUUUUAUUUAGCGGGCGAUGGAAAUGAGGAUUUUCUGGCUCUGGAACUGCGAGAUGGCUUCGUGGUUUUCAAAUAUAAUCUCGGAUCUGGUGUUGUGGAGUUGAAAUCGCAACAGCAGUAUAAUGACGGAAAUUACCACAAUAUUCAAGCACAGCGGUUUGGUAAGCGUGGUGGUUUGAUGAUUGAUGGUGCCUCCGUGGCGGAUGGUAUGUCGCCCGGUCAUGAGGAUAAACUGGAAGUGACGCGAUUUAUGUAUUUGGGUGGCACAUCGUUCACGAGACAAGAUGAAACAACAGCUACUGGGUUUGAAGGAUGUGUGAACAGUUUGGAAUUCAUGGCUAAGCAAGUGAAGUUAGACGAACUGAAAGAAUCGAAGGGCAGCAUUCUGGGAUGCCCAGAAACGAUCCGCCGUGGCGUCAGCUUCGAAGGCGGGGCUCCCGGUUAUUUGGCCAUGCCAUCGGUUAGCGUCAAGGAUCACUUCCACAUCACCCUGAAAUUCCGUACCGCCCAACCAGACGGACUCCUCUUUUUCACAUCCAACGAGGAUGUUUCGCAGAUUCUUAGUUUAUCCUUGCGGGAAGGUCGCAUCGUUUUUGCCUCCGACGACGGCAAAGGUCAAACCACUUCCGUUGAAACUGAACUAACCGGCUACUGGAAUGGCGAGUGGCAUUACGUAUCGGCCAUGAAAGAAACCAAUCGGUUGAAGCUGAUGAUUGAUGAUUUUGAGUCCGUGCAGAGCAAUGUCGGUCGCGUGGACAAUCUGGCCACAUCGAAACCGUUGUUCUUCGGCGGUAUCCCAGCCGGGAUUGUCAAAGAGAGCGACGCUAUGCCGAAAACGCGAAGCUUUGAUGGAUGUAUUGGGGAUGUCGUGAUUAAUGAUGUAGUGCAGAAUUUCGCUAUCAGUCAGGAUAAACCGGGAGCGUCAUUCGCUAGCUGCAUGGUGGAUUUCAAGCCAGGAGUGACACCACCAACGCUGCCACCACAACCUACCCAAGCAACACUGGGACCUUUCCAUAAUCAACUAGAAACCUCAUCGACAACUACGACAACGAUGUCAACGUCAACGGCGCUAACAUCUGCUUCUACUACGCCGGUCGGCAUGCCGGUGGUUAUAACCGAUGCUCCAGUCCAUCCUCAUCCUGUCACCGUUGUCACCGUCACAGCACCGGCAGUUACAGCUCCCGAGCCGGAAACCACACCGGCUUACGCCGGUCCGGUCCUAGAACGAUGUGUUUUGCCCGAAAUUCCAGAUGUUGGUUCCGUCACUUCUGCUGCGCUACAGUUUGGCAGUCGACCAGAAUCACGACAGGAAUUCUCCUCGACACCGUCCAAGUUUAUGGAAGAUAGCGAAUUUUCUGUUGAACUGAUGACGAGGGGCUCGGAUGGUGUUAUUCUGUAUGUUGACGAUCAGAAAGCCAACCCGAUUGAUUUCUUAGCGCUGUACAUGAAGGACGGAUAUCUGGUAUAUUCAUUCAAUCCGGGAGCGGGCUCGGCCAUAGCUCGCAGUCGAAAAAGGUAUAACGAUGGUAAAUGGCACAGUGUUAAAGCCGUCAAACAGAACAAAGCCGCACGACUCCUCGUGGAUGAUGAGGAAGUGGCAUCCAGUGAGAGUCCCGGCACAACUGUAUUCCUGAACACCAAGUUCCCCCUGUACUUUGGUGGAAUGAAUGGCAAGCGAAAUGCAUCGAAGAAUUUGGAAAGUGUCUUGCUGCCGUUCAAUGGGUGCCUGCGAAAUUUACGCAUGAACGGUGUACCCUUGUCGGCGCCUUCCGCCACGGUGGCUGUGACUCCUUGCAGCGAGCGCACAGAACCAGGAGCAUUCUUUCCAGCCAGCGGUGGCUAUAUUGCCUUACGUGACAAAUUCGUGGUGAACAAAGAUCUGGAUAUUGCCAUCGAAAUUAAACCUCGUUCUAACAACGGUGUAAUCUUGGCUGUUGGUACCGUCAAAAAACGGCGCGAUUACUUGGCCAUCCAGUUAAUCGAUGGAACGGUGGAUUUCAGCUUUGACAACGGCGCCGGACCUACCCAUGUUAACGUCACACUUCCAUCUCGUUUCUUUAUAUGCGAUGGCGAAUGGCAUACUAUAAAAGCUUCCAAAUCGAAAUUUAUGGCAAUGCUGAGUGUCGAUGACAACUACACGAGCGACAAUCGUGGUCCGACGGGUGUGACCGCUGCCGACACCGACACGCCCAUUUACCUCGGUUCUCUUCCGGCCAGCGUGGGCAACAUGGGAAAGGUGAUCAGGAAGCAGUAUGUGGGCUGUAUGCGGAAUCUGGUGUUGAGUCCGGGUGGGAUGGCCACCGCGGCACCGGGCGUGUCGGAGAACUUUGCCACAGGACAAGUGGGUGGCAACGUCCUGGCCAAUUUUUGUCAUACUGCUUGACAGCCGUAAUUACAGCAUAUCUCUUUUUUGUUUUGUUUACCUGCGUUUGUGGUUUAAUUUUCGGCAAACAAGUUUUUACUCAGAAGCUGUGGACAACUAAAAUUUGACUGAUUGGUUGGAGUUAAGGUCAUGCGUUAGGAAGCAGGAAUUUGUGCAACAGCUUUGUCAAGAAAUGCUCCUCUGGUGUUUCCAAAAACUUCGAAUAAAACUGGU